AUGCUCAAGUUCGCCGCGGCUGUCGCCUUGGUUCUGGUCGUCGCUUCUGCGAGCCCGACCCCCGGCAACAACAAUGUCGCCGAGGAUCGCGUGUCAAAGCGGGCAACCGACUUUUGGUACCCCAACAUGGACCACACCGGUCAGUACCGCGGCUAUGCCCCGGACCUGGAUGGCGACUACACCUACCAGGUGUACAAGUCUGUCAACUCUGGUGACGGCGACGCCAUCCAGGCGGCCAUUAACGACGACAACGGCGGCAAGCGCCAUGGCCAGUGGCUGGCGUCCCAGCCUAGGGUCGUCUUCAUCCCCGGUGGCACGUAUGAGAUCAAGAAGACCAUCUACAUGAACACUGACACCAUCCUCAUGGGUGAUCCCACCAACCCACCGGUCCUCAAGGCUGCUGCUGGAUUCUCUGGCGACCAGACUCUCAUCUCCGGCCAGGACCCGACCACGAAGGAUUCUGGCGAGCUCUCGUUUGCCGUUGGCCUGAAGAACCUCGUUUUGGACACGACCAACAUUCCCGGCGGAAAUGCCUUCACUGCGCUCUGGUGGGGUGUCGCCCAGGCUGCCCAGCUGCAGAACAUCAAAAUCACCAUGGCCUCGUCUCAGAACGGCCAGGGCCACAGCGGCAUCCGGCUCGGCCGUGGCUCGACCCUGGGUCUGUCGGACGUGCGCGUCGAGCGCGGCCAAAACGGCAUCUGGCACGACGGCCACCAGCAGGCGGCGUACAAGAAUAUUUACUUCUACCAAAACACCAUUGGCAUGCUCAUCAGCGGUGGAAACACCAUCACCAUCACCGCCUCCACGUUUGACACUUGCGGCACCGGCAUCCGCAACACUGGCGGCGCCCCCUGGAUUGCUCUGAUCGAUUCCAAAUCGGUCAACUCUGGCGUCACGUUUGUCACCACGGGCUACCCGUCAUUCCUGAUCGAGAACCUGGACAAGGACACCAACUCGGACAUUGCCCAGGUGCCGAACCAGACGGUUCUGGGACCCAAAAGCCACGUUAACACGUUCACGUACGCCAACACGGUCGGCCGCAACCCCAUCUACGGCGCCACCAGCUCUAGUAACUCGCGCCCUGGCGCUUUGGCUCCUGGCGGCAGAUUCCCUGCGAUCCCUGCGCCCAACUAUCGCGACAAGAAGGCGUCGGACUUUAUCAACGUCAAGGAUCCGUCUCAGAAUGGUGGGCAGACUAUCCUCGGUGACCACACCAAGGAUGAGUCGGCUGCCCUCAACAAGGUGUUGCAAUAUGCCGCGCAGCAGAACAAGAUUGCCUACUUUCCCUUUGGCAAGUACCGCGUCGACUCGACCUUGUUCAUCCCCCCUGGCUCGCGCAUCGUCGGCGAGGCUUGGGCGACCAUCACUGGUAACGGCAACUUCUUCAAGGAUGAGUCCAACCCCAAGCCUAUCGUGUCCGUCGGCCGUGCUGGCGACGUUGGCGUGGCACAGAUCCAGGACAUGCGUUUCACUGUCUCUGAUGUUCUCCCCGGAGCCAUCAUCUUGCAGUUCAACAUGGCAGGCAACGCGCCCGGGGACGUCGCGCUGUGGAACUCGCUCGUCACCGUGGGAGGCACGCGCGGCGCGUCUGGCCUGACCAACAGCUGCGGCGACGCCAGCAACGAGUGCAAGGGCGCCUUCAUCGGCAUGCACUUCACCAAGUCAUCGUCGGCGUACGUCGAGAACGUGUGGAACUGGGUGGCGGACCACAUCACCGAGGACUUUAGCGGCGGCUCCAGCAUCGCUGCCAAGGGCGGAGCGCUCGUCGAGUCGACCAAGGCGACGUGGCUGCACGCGCUGGGCAGCGAGCACUGGUGGCUGUACCAGCUCAACCUGCGCAACGCCAACAACGUCUUCAUCUCGAUGCUGCAGGCCGAGACCAACUACGAGCAGGGCGACAACGUGCGGCAGAUCCCGCCGGCGCCGUGGACGGCCGACAAGAACGGCUGGGGCGACCCGGACUUUUCGUGGUGCGGCGGCGGCGACAAGCGGUGCCGCAUGGGCCCUGCCAACUACAUCAACGGCGGCUCCAACGUCUACACGUACGGGUCGGCGGCCUGGGCGUUUUUCAGCGGGCCGGGCUACCAGGGCUGCGGCCAGUUCCAGUGCCAGCAGACGAUGCACUGGAUCGCACAGACGCCCAGCAACCUCCAGGCCUUUGGGCUGUGCUCCAAGGACGCCGAGACGGUGCUCAGGCUGGCAGACGGCACGAGGAUCAAGGCGCAGGAGGGUUUCACGGGUUCGUGGCCCGGCGGCGGUGGCGACGUGGGCCGCUACACCCCCUAG